CCCUUUCUUCCGCUAUUUUUGGUCUUUCGUCAUUGAUAUUCGAGAUUUUCUCGUUCUAUCUGCGCUUUUUGUAGAUUUCGUAUCGAGAAUGCGCCCACCAAUUCCUACACUGUGCAGAAGCUUUACUAAGGUCUCGGGAAAGAGGCAGCCAUUCAAAGUCGUUGAAGUAGGAGCUCGCGAUGGCUUGCAGAACGAGAAGCAGAUUAUUCCUACUGAAGACAAGAUAGAUUUGAUAAACAGGCUCAGUUCCUGCGGACUGAAGAGCGUUGAAGCGACCAGCUUUGUCUCUCCUAAAUGGGUGCCACAAAUGGGUGAUCAUCAAGAGGUGUUAGAGAAGAUAUCUAAGUUUCCGAAUGUAUCCUAUCCAGUUCUCGUUCCGAACCUUGCUGGACUCAAGAAUGUCCUAAAGAAUGGUCACGCUUCUGAAAUUGCUGUUUUUGGUGCCGCCUCGAAUACAUUCUCUAUGAAGAAUGUUAACGCCAAUGUCGAAGAUAGUCUCAAAAAGCUCCAAGAAGUGACCAAAGCAGCUUUGCAGGAAGGCUUAAAAGUCAGGGGAUAUGUUUCAUGUGUUAUUGGCUGUCCCUACGAAGGAAAAAUUAGUAGCGAUGUUGUGGCUAAAGUUACUGAAAGUUUGAUUGAUGCUGGAUGUUACGAAGUGUCUUUGGGUGAUACUAUUGGUGUUGGAAGUGCAGGAUCAGUCGCGUCCAUGUUGGACACGGUCACCAAAGCUGUUCCAGCAAACAAAUUAGCUGUUCAUUUUCAUGACACCUACGGACAAGCAUUGGCCAACGUCAUAGUCGCAAUUGAGAAGGGCAUUCGGGUUGCUGAUUCUUCGAUUGCAGGCCUUGGAGGUUGUCCUUACGCUAAAGGGGCAACGGGAAACCUAGCUACUGAAGAUCUUGUUUACCUGUUGCACGACUUAGGUUUUGAUACUGGAAUUGAUCUGGACAAACUAGUCGACACUUCGAUCUGGAUUUGCAAGAAAAUGGGCCGCCAAAACGCUUCUCGAGUUACGAGAGCACUCACUGCAAAAGCUCCAUAAAUUCACUAUUCACUUGUUAGGUCGCCCAGUCCGCAAUGGAAAAUAAUAUGCUCAUCUCGAGUGCACCUUCCUCGCUUACUCGUCUCUAUAUUUACCUCCGAUGUUACUUAUCUCUUUGCUCAUUCUGUCACUUGCUCAAUUACAUUGGCAUCGAGAAUAAAUGUUCGGUGCCAUUCUGUCUGCGAGCACCUCAGCCAGAAGGUAAUCGGUAUAACUAAAUAAAAUCAC